AGUAUUAAGAGUAUUCUAUCACAAUAUGGAGAACUGGCACUGUUUGCUGCUGCUGUGCACACUGCGUUUAGAGCUUUCCUCUGGAGGAGUUACAAAAAAUGAUGAUGACAUCGACCUUGUCAGCUUUUUGAGAAAUAUCUACCCCGAGCCGUUCAUCAUCAACCGAGACUUUGAGAUAAACUCCGUGGAGAAGCUGGGACGCCCGGGGGACCCUGCAAUCAUACAGCAAACCAAGGACAAACCUGUCACUCAGGAUACAGAUGGGGCUGCUGGACCAGUGGUGAUAACCAAAGAUGGCCAGAUCAAGGGGGUCACUGUGGAUAAGGCCCAUGUAUUCUAUGGUGUUCCGUACGCAAGUCCUCCUGUUGGGGCUUACCGCUGGAAGCCCCCCAGACCCGUGAGUCCUUGGCGCGGGGUUUAUGAUGCCUCCUUUCCCAGGGCUGCAUGUAUGCAAUUCUGCAGUAAAGCUAUCACUGAGGAGUGCCCUAAGAGUGUCAGUGAGGAUUGUCUCUACCUCAACAUCUUUGUACCGCUGGAUGUGGACUUGAGCUCUCCUCUGCAGAGCCACCUGCCUGUCAUGGUUUGGAUCCAUGGUGGAGAUUUCAUUGCUGGUUCUGCCUCCAAGCCUCUGUAUGAUGGACGUUUUAUUAGUAACUUCACCCACAGUGUUGUUGUAAGCCUGGAGUACCGACUGGGUGCAUUUGGGUUCCUUGUGUCGGGAAAAGAUCCUCACACAUCAGCUGCAGGGAAUUAUGGGAUCCUGGACCAACAGGCAGCUCUUCUUUGGGUCCAACAGAACAUUGCUGUGUUUGGAGGGGAUCCCGCCAAGGUCACAGUAUUUGGGGAGAGUGCAGGCGCUCAGUCGGUAAGCCUUCACCUGAUGAUCCAAAGCAGCAAGCCUCUGUUUAGCCAGGCCAUCCUGCAGAGCCUGCCCUUCUCCAUCCCUCUGAAGACCAGACAUGAUGCCCUGAAACUGGGAAGAGACUUUGCUAAACAGACAAACUGCUCUGUGAGCGACUUUGUCUGCCUGCUGUCUCUCACUCCGCAGGCCAUCCUGGCCGCCCAGAUGAAAACAAGUUCCAAGAUUUUGAACCCAUUCAGGUUUCUGGAGGUUUUUGAGACGUGGGGUCCGUGUAUCGACGGGGAGUUAAUCAAAGAGCAGGCUGUCACUGCCUUUCAAAAGGGGCACUGGCAGAAAGAAAAGCCAAUACUGCUGGGUACAACGUCCGAGGAGGGGGUUCUGUUUGCGUAUGGGGUCUUCAACAAGCCAGUCUCCACAGUGGAGUGCACCGUGUACAUCACAGCCAUCUUUAAACAGCACACCCUACAGAUCCUACACAAGUACCUGCCCCUGUACAGGGAUGCUGACCACAGGAAUAUGCUGGCUCAGAUUGUCACCGAUUUUGUCUUCUUAUGUCCAUCGAGGAGGUCAGCACGUGCUGGCACAGCAGCGGGGAGCAAGGUCUGGAUGUAUGUUUUUGACCAUGUGAUCUCGGACCGCAGUGUCUGGUCAGGUCUCACUUUCUGCUAUGAGCAUUCCUGCCAUGGUGCAGAGCUGCCCUUUCUUUUUCAUUCAGCCUCUGUGGCCAACUUCACCCUGUCACCGUCGGAGAAGCUGCUGUCCAGUCGAAUGCUGUGCUACUGGGGUGCCUUCGCUCACACUGGCGACCCUUCCUCCAGGAGCCAACAGACAACUUUCUGCCGGGAGAAGCGUCUCCCUAUCUGGCCGCGCUAUUCUGACACCAGUGGCUUUCUGGUCAUGAACCUCACUGUGCGUUCCCAUACACAAGCCGGGACCAGAAACCAUAUAUGUGAUUUCUGGGACCAGCUGGGCAUCUACUAGAGAGGGACCAGGCUGGGCAUGCUGUUCUUUUGUUGAAGCUAGAUUCAAAAGAAUGGCUCUUUUCCCUGCAUUGUUUUGUUUCUAAAAGUAGGAUAUGUAGAUGUCU